GCAGCUCGAUGAUGCUGGGUUAGACCGCCGCCUGGCAGUUUGAGGACGAGCCUGUCACAUGCUGCGUAACCACUGCACUGCGAAGCUGACAGGCGGGAUGAGGAGUUGAGCGGAACAGUAGUUAAUAAUGUGGGAAGCRCUUUUCUGCUAAAUAUAGUGGAAGCGUCAAGCUUUUACACAGAGUUUUAAAGAAGUUGCGUCUCGCGAGCCGCACCAUCGGAACUGGAGCCCGCGCUGGAGUAACCUUAUCUACUGGAGCAGAGCAGAGCCGACGGCGGACCUGUUACUGCGUAGGUCAAGUCACCCCAAGAGGAGAGAAAGGAAAAAAGAAAACAGGUCAAUUUGUACAACUGGAGUUGACCGGGAAAAGCGAGGGACAAGUUAUCAUGGUUACCACAAAGGGAGGAGGUCUUAACCCCAAUGCUGAAAUGUGGCAGGAGAUUCCUGUCCAACAGGAUGACAUCCCAGGUGCAACAGAGGAUUCCCCUUGGUUGCAGACUUAUUUUCCUGCUGAGAUGACCGAAGGGUACACAGAUGUUACCUUACAAGACUCUAAAGGAUACUACUGUGACUACUGUGACUAUCUGGAAAGCAACACUGAUUAUGUCCCUGUACCUCCAUGUACCGUGCAUGAUGUGGAUCAACCAGACUUGGGGUAUUUAAUCUUUGACCCACAAGACAGUUCUGCUACAGAUACUGAGGUGUGUACAGAGCAAGUUGUGACUGAAGAGAGCCUGCGAGAAUCUUUAAAGAAAGUGCUGGAGUUCUGCUUUUCUAGGGAAAAUCUUUCUAAGGAUCUGUAUCUGGUGUCUCAGAUGGACAGUGAUCAGUUUGUUCCCAUCUGGACCAUUGCGUGUAUGGAGGACAUCAAAGCUCUGACUACUGACAUGGAUCUAAUUCUGGAUGUACUGAGGGCUUCUCCGCUGGUGCAAGUCGAUGAGACUGGCGAGAAAGUUCGGCCUAACCACAGUCGCUGUAUCAUUAUUUUAAGAGAGGUGCCAGAAACUACUCCGGUAGAGGAAGUAGAGGACCUUUUUAAGAGUGAAAACUGUCCAAAAGCAUUAAGUGUAGAGUUCGCUCACAACAGCAACUGGUACAUAACUUUUCAGUCAGACAUGGAUGCACUGCAGGCAUACAAAUAUCUACGAGAGGAAGUGAAAAUGUUCCAGGGGAAACCAAUCAUGGCUCGCAUUAAAGCCAUUAACACGUUCUUUGGAAAGAAUGGCUUCUGCAGCGUGGAUACAAGUGUGUACCAACAGCAUUCUCAGCCACAGGGCCAGUACACAUCUCCAGUGUAUGUGCAACAAGUGUACAAUCCAGAGCAGCAGUACCCGGUCUAUCCUGUGGUGUCUCCAACAUGGAACCCCACUGUCAUUCCUCAMUUUGAAACUCCACUGGCACCCUUUCCUAAUGGUGCAUUUAUGAAUGGUUACAGUAAUUCCUGGAGAUAUAAAACUAAUUCAAGCUCCACCAGUGGCCAUCGUCCCUUAGGAAGGAACAGAAACCAUGUAAAAAGUCAUCAUAGAUGUGGAGAUGUCGCCCUUACUAAUUUGGCUAAAGAGACGGUGAUGGACGGCACCUCUGGUCCCCUGACUCCACAGGAACUCCAAACAUCAAAAACACUGUCUGGCAGCAGAACACAGUYGGUGUCUCUGUCCUCCUUUGACCCUAAAGACACUUCUUCAUUGCCCUUCAUGUCAAAUCUGGGCCGGCCUGGACGAGAUCGGAGAGGCAAUCAUAGAGGAAUGAGGAGGAAAAGAGAAGAUGAGCAUACCUUGAAACCUGUCCCUGUGAUGCAGACCAAAGCAGCCCCUCUUAACUUUGACCUGGAAGCUUCCAGUUUUCCUCCUUUGCCAGGAUCUCUGGUCACGAUGCAUGUAGAGGCUUCGACAGAGGUGCGCCUUUCUGAUGUUGUCCGUGGCAUCAAAGUUCCAACUAAGUCAGGGAACCAUGAGGACUCAACACAAAGUGCAAAAGACUCUGAAAGCCCUGUAAGCAAACAAUGUUCUGAGUCUGUAGCUUCUAAACCUGCUCUUGUUGGAACACCAACAACAUCCGKACAAACAUCAAGUACUUCUUCACCAGCAAUAAAAGAAGAUAAAACUGAACAGAUCAAAUCAGAGGAAAAAUUCUCUCCGCCUACAGAACCUGCAUCUACAGAAGCUUCAGAACCUGCUCCUACUGUGUCUGAGCAGGCYGUUUCUACAGAAAAAACGAUUAUCUCAGCUCCAGAAUCAGACCAGGGGCAAAGGAAGCUCAGCUAUGCAGAGGUGUGCCAAAGACCAGCCAGAGACCCGCCACCAGCACAGUCACCAUGUCCCUCCUCUCCUGCUACCCCAGACAGCCAGCCACUGCAGGAGCUCAAGGUCAAUACAGUCGAGCAGCCUCGGCUCAACUCCAGGCAAACUCCAGAGGAACCAGAAGAUAAACGUCCCCCUCGGCAACCUUCACGCAGCUUCAGAGGGGCGCCGGGUUAUUCUAGAGCGAGAGGUUCAGGUUUAAAGACACGGGAGCAUCAGAGGGACAAAUGGUCUUCACUUCACCGGGGAGGCAAACGCAGUGGAAAGGAGCAAAACAUUCCUCCCACUUCUCCAAAAUAAAACUUUUAAGACAUUACCUAAAAUCCUAAAACCAUAACUAUAUAUGUAAAUAUAUAAUACAGUAUAUGUAAAUAGACAAAUGAAUAUAUUUCUUUUAGACAAACUUGGUCAAUGAAUCUUUCAUGUUGCAAACUGAUAAUGUAUUUAAAAAAAUUUGGUUGACUUUUUGGAAAACACAUUUUUGGGUGUAAUUAUAGAUGUUAAGUAGCAUCAUGCCUUCCUGAAAGGUUAAAUGUGUAUUUGUGACAUAACGUAGCGGUAAUUCACGAAUAGUGAAACAAUGGUAUCAGGAGUCAGUCGUUCUGCUCGGUCUCAGCAGGUUAAUCUGUGUUUGUGAUCAGUGCAGGACCUCCUAUCUUGUAGCGUGGUAGAAACCAGCCUCUUGUUCUUCGUUUUUCCUUCUACCGGAGAAACCCUCGUCUGUGGGAGAAAUCCCAAACGAAAGCAGAGAAGGAAAACUAGAAUUGAGCAGAACUGCAUGGGCCACGCUACCUCUCUUGAGGCAGUUUUCCUCAGUUGAAGAAAAAGAAUUUCAGAAAAAAGGGUGAGAUCAGUCGGCUUUAACCCUUGAAAUUUUUACCAACRGAGUGCCUCAGUUUGUUUAUGGUAUUUGGAAUCUGUUUCUUUUGACAUUCAGCAGCUGUAAAUAUGUUCAUUUUUCUAAGUCAUUUCACAAAGGUUUUGACAAAUGCUUCAACUAUUGGAACAAUGAAGAUAAAAGACUCUGGCAAUUAAAAUAGCUUUAGUGUAAGAAGAAAAAAAUCUUUAGCUUAAAUCUUGUCAGUAUUGUUUGAAUAUAUGAUUUUUUAAUGAAAUGAUGAAAUUUAGGCAGUAAGUUACUUUUUAAAAGUUUAGAAACAAUGAUUGAAGAAAGUUUUAGUUGCUUGAUUUUAAAUCUUGCUGUAUAAAUAAUGCUAGUUAUGUGUUGGAAACUUGGUUUUUCUUUUACAGUACUUAAUUGAUUUCAAUUGUUUGAACUUCUUUGCAGCAGAAACUAGAUUGCUAACAUUUAAAGGUUAGUGUAGCUUUUGUUGUGCUUUUAAUAUUUUUGAAUUGUUCAAGUUUUGAUUACAAAUAUUUUACGCUUUAAUUGUUAGAGGAAAAUGAUUUGUUUAUAUCGAAUUAUUUUUCUCUCUUUGACUUUGCCAUAACAAAACCAAUCUUGAUGUUUUUUUUUUUUCUUUUUACUUUUGUCCAGAUGUAGCAAACUUAUUUAGAACCGGGAAGGGGGAAAGCUCUAAUGCCUUUUCAUUUGGCUUGCAUAUGUUCUUAUUUUUAAACAAGAAUAUGUGAUAUUUGUCUUGUUUUUAUCAAAUGUUUUCACACAGUCUUGUCUUUGUGACCUCCUGGACCCCUCCCCCCUUUUUUUUAUUAAGAGCAAAGCAUAUUAUGUUGUUGGACUCAAAUUGCUAGUUGCAAGUUGCUAAUCCUAGAGGUUCAUAUUAUUUGUAAUUGACUUAUUUAUCAAUGGGUAAACUUCAUUUAAUACCCUGAUAUUGUGUAUAUUGUCUUUUCAGUUUGAGUUUAAUAUCUGUAGAAAAUCUGCUCAGGAAUAACAAACAUGAAUUGUCAAAUACCUUCCAGUUACUGUUGGUCUUUUAACUCAAGUAUGAGGGGGAAAUGUAUCAAAGAUAACCAAUGUUGGUACUUAAACAUCAAAGUUAACAUGUUCUGUUAAUUUUGGGUUCUAACUUUGGUUGUUGCAUGCUGUGGGUAACAAAAAGACAACCAUCAGUCAGUGUGGGCUUACAGAUCAACAUGUAUGUUUUUUGGACUGGAAGGAAAUUAAGCUUUCAAACAACCACAGGCACUUAUUAGUUCACAGUUUAUGGUGGUAUGCAUGUAUUCUGUACUUUUAGAUUUCUAGAGCACCGCUGCCAGUAGGAAAUGUUAAAAUAGUUUUAAUUGGCAACAAACGGGAGAUAAAAGUGAAGCACAUUUCUAAUGAAUAUAUUUUCACUGUUUAAUUGGUGUAUUUGGAUUGAUUAGUGUCUUGCAUUAAGCUGGUGAUAUUUUUUUAAAUUUGCUUUGAUGGAACAUGAAAGUUUGAAUUUGUUUAAUGGAUCCAAUCACUGGGGAGCAUCUGCUUGUACUAUUACUGAAUAUAAAUACACUUUGUGUAGAACAAUGUUCUGGGUUGUCAUUGCAUUUGAGUAAUGUGAUCAUCCACACAAGGGAACUGUUGUUUUCAAUUUGUAACACUGAUUUAUUAAGAACUCCAUGAAAUUCUUCGUAAUACGUGAAAUGUGCUGACUAAUCAAAUUAAUUUGACUAAGGUGUUUAAUACUUUAAAGGAAUAAAUUAAUGUUUCAUGUGAAUGCUCAUUUUGUGCAUAAAGGUUAAAGUAAGGUAUUAGCAAAUGCAAGUCAAAAAAAGAGAAAGCUUGGUUGUGUAAAAAUUGUGUAGAGUUUGAAGCAAAUCCUGAUUGCCUUUACAAUAUUUAUUUUCAGCAACAUGUCACUAAGCAGUUCUAGUUCACUGUAAAAAUAAAUAAAUCUUGUCACAUCAGAGAGAAUAAAUUAAUUCCGAGUUGCUAUUUGAUAUUUCAACAUUUUAGAUUCUUGUUGAUGGCUGUCUACAAAAUAAAAAUAUUUUUCAAAAUUCA